AUGGCCGCGCUGACAGCGGAAAACUUUGCCGCGCUCCAGACCCUCCUGAAGGCCUCCUCGAAGGAUGUUGUCAGACAACUGUGCCGAGAUAGCUUCUCCAGUUCAGCCCUGGACUCCCAGAUGCUGUUGGAGAGUACGUCUUCCAGUUUGUCUGUGACCCAGGCAGAGGCAGAGCAACUGCUCCAGGCCCUGCACCGCCUCACCAGGCUGGUGACCUUCCGCAACCUGUCCUCCGCUGAGGCGAUUCUGGCUCUCUUUCCUGAGGACUUCCACCAGAGCCUCAAAAACCUGCUGACAAAAAUCAUCCUGGAACAUGUAUCUUCCUGGAGAACCGAAGCCCAAGCCAAUCAGAUUUCUCUGCCACGCCUGGUGGACCUGGACUGGAGAGUCGACAUCAAGACCGCCUCAGACAGCAUCAGUCGCAUGGCCGUCCCCACCUGUCUGCUCCAGUUGAAGAUUCAGGAAGAUCCCUGCCUGUGCAGGGAUGAACCGUCUGUCUCUGCAGUCACCGUGGAGCUGAGUAAAGAGACGCUGGACACCAUGCUCGACGGGUUGGGCCGCAUUCGAGACCAACUUUCUGCUGUGGCCAACAAAUGACCCAACCAGUGGCCUUGUCCCCAUGAAUGUCCCAGCUGCUGUCAGCCACUGAGCAUCUCCCAGGCCCUACAACCCUGACAGCAACUGUUUGUGGGGAGUUGGAGGUGACACCCCUGGAAGGGAUGUGAAUAGUGGGGCCGCCACUCUAUCCUCCUCCUCCCUCAUCUUUCUUUUCUCCGUGGGAAGCUUGGGAACAGGAGCCUGCACCCAGGGCGCCUGCAUGCCAUUUUCUGACAGACCUCUGAGGCGGUAGGAGGGGACUUUGGCUUUGUCAGCUGCCUCCACCUGGCUGAAGGAAAAACCCAGGCACAUUGCUGAGCAGGGCUAAUAGGUUCCCUUCCAGCACCAGCCUAGUGCCAGGGGUGCCACUCACAGUCUUGCUUCUUUGGCAGAACCUCUAGCACACCCCACAGAGCAGUUCCUCAGCCCUGUAGCUCUUUACCCAGCAAAAGGCUUUGGAUCUGUGAGCUGGGGAGCCCAGCCACCCCCAAGGGCAGGAGUGGGAGUGAUGGGAAAUAAAUAGCAGUUCUAAGAC